AUGGGGGUCCCAGUUGCUGCGGGGUGCCUUGGUGCCAUGGCCAUGGGGGAAUCUGGAGGAGUUGGGGGGGUGAUUCUGGCAACGCUGUGGCUGGCAGCAAGUGAAUCACCACCCCUGGGGUGCCAGAAUUGCACCGGGCUCCUGGGGCAUUGGGUCCCUGUGCGACCACCCAGCCGCCCACGGAGGGUCACCACCAGACACCCCUGCCCUGCUGGCAUGAACUGGAUUGAGAGGGCUCACCAGUGCUGCAAGCAGUGUCCUGCAGGGACGUUCCUGAGCAGACCCUGCUCAAACCACAGCAACGAUAGUGCCUGUACCCCCUGCCCCCCCGGCACCUUCCGCGCCCAGCCCAACACCUUCACCGAGUGCCAGGCUUGUUACGAGUGUGACCGCCAAGGCUCGGGGCUGGAGUAUGUUCUGCUGGCACUCACUGGGCCCCUCUUCCUGGGUGCCCUCGUCAUCUACCACAAGAGGAAGCGGCUUCGGCAAGAUGCUCCAGCACACAGCCCGCUACACACAGCACAGGCAGCCACCACCACACCCAGGGCUGGGGCCACAUCACAGUGCCAGGAGAUGGAGCGUGUCACCAGCACAGCAAGGUGCAGCCCCGAGCACUGGGCCUUACUGCAGAAGCAGCCCAGCAGCACGGCAUGGCCAGGGCGUGAGGCAGAGCCCUCCGCCCCUCCGGAGCCCCGCAGCACCCUGCUGCAGGGCAGCCAGCUCUACACUGUCAUCGAUGCGGUGCCGGUGCGACGCUGGAAGGAGUUCAUGCGGGUGCUGGAGCUGCGGGAGGCAGAGAUCGAGCUGGUGGAGCUGGAGGUGGCUCACAUCCGUGACCAGCAGUACGAGAUGCUGAAGCGCUGGUGCCAGCAGACCAGUGCCACGCUUGACCGCGUCUUCACCGCCCUGGAGCGCAUGGAGCUCGCCGGGUGCGCUGAGGCGCUGCGCAGGAGCCUGCUGGUGGGACCCUGA